GACAAACGGGCCCUUUGAGCAAAGUCUCUGUUGGCCGGAGCCUUCUGGGAGGAGCUGAAGGAGGUGCCCCAAGAGCCCCAGUCUGGGCCGCGGGACGGCAGAGACCCGGCUCUGGGCCGGCUCAAGCUGGUGAAGAAGAGGCAGCGGCCUCGGCCCUGGUUCGGCUGGUGUGUCUUGGGGGGCCUCCUUGGAGCAAGCAGCAGACCACCGGUUGAGCCCCCUCCUCGAACACCUGAAGUCUGAGCUCAGAGGAGACGGGUCGUCAGCCCCACAGACACGGGGUGUUUCCCUUCCUGGUGAACGUCAGACGAGCAUGGCCUGCACAUCUUGGGAUGGAAGCCUCGUCUCUGAGCAGGAGACACCUUGGAUUUUCAGCUAUUUAAAGCGCUGACUUUUCUGCGCCUCCCACCUGGAGGGGUCUGUGCUGAGCCCACCAAAAAGGUUAAUCCAGAAUGAACAGUCAGAAUUCAGGAGAGAGGGUGCACGAGGCCUCACAGCAAGCCCUGUUUCGAGGGGAUAAAUGUGGGAAUGAGUUGGUACUUGAAGGGACAUCAGCCUUUAUUCAUGCAGGCUGGGACUCGGCCCCCCGCCUCUGCCCAUGGGAUGCUCAGGAAGCCUGUCUGCACGAGCUAGGGGCAGAUGGGGAAAGGGUUUCCUUAAGCCGUUCCCGUCCCAAAGCGCUCACUGGGGACGAGGACAUUUAUCAGGAGGCAUGGUCUUCGUCCAUGCAAUCGGCGAUGCCUGGUGAGACCCCAGGGGGGUCCUGGGGGAGUGACGAGAUGGGCCCGUUGGAGCCAGAAUGCCAGUAUCAUGAUGCCCACUCCCACCCUCCUGCUGCCCAGCUUGCAGUGCCCGGAGAGUGGAGGUAUGCCUGUGGGGAUGCUAAUGGCGGGAUGGGCCGUGCUGUACUUGGCCUGGAACAAGGCUGGGAGAUGAAGGAUGAAGGCCAGGGCACCCUGGAAGUGUCAGAGACCCAGAGGAGCCCACCCCAGCCUGGGCUUCCACGUGGGCAGGCUGCAGUAGCCCCUUCAGGUUCUUCUGACAUGUGUGUAAAGGAUGAGAGCUCAGCUGUCAAGGGUGCGGGCAGCCCCUCGGGGACUGCUUCCCAGGAGUCUUCUGCAGUCUUCAACACCACGUACCUGGUGAUAGCAGACACAGCCAUGCAGACAGAGGAGAGCUUGUGCUCCCCAGAGAAGGUGCCCAGUGCCCUCACCAAUGGCCUCCCGCGGGAAAUAACUGAAGCACAGGACGUCCAAGCCCCAGGGCCAGGCUUGGGUGGGGUUAACAUCUCGCACACCUCUCAGACAGACAAAGCUUUAGGUUUAUGUCCACACCGACUGAAUGGGGAGCCUGCUUUGCAGACUCUGUGUGGUCCAGCUGCGCCGCCACCAGGCUCUUGUCCGGAGGCUGAAUGCCUUGUGGACAGGGCACCUUUCAGUGACCCUGAGGAGCAGGUGUGCCGGCCGGGAGGCCGACCGAACGAGAUGGCCUCUCCCGACAGCAGCCUGGCCAGUCCAAGUCAUCCUGCCCCAUUGGCAGGAAGUCAUCCGCUUGGCUGGGAAGUGGCCCCAUCGCUUCAGCCAACGUGGGAGGCGGCAGAUGGCGUUUCUGGCCCACACGAUGGUGCUUAUCUGCCGCCAGCUAUCCCAGGGUGCCCCAAUGAGACCAUUUCUGUCUCACUUGCCGAGAAAGCCAGGGAGAAGCCUUGUGAAACCGAAAAAAGCACCCAAGAGCUAGCCAAGUUCUCCGACAGGAAACGGGCCCCCAUCAAGGCUGUCAAACCUGCCGUAGGCAAAGUCCUGGGAAAACCAGCCCCCAAGACGGGGACCCCGGCAGGAAGCAGCCUCCAUAAAACGGAGAAGAUCAGCUUUCCCAGGCCAAACUUCAAGAACGUCAAAGCCAAGGUGAUCUCUCGGGCGGUGCUGCAGCCCAGAGAGCCGAGGGCAGCUGUGGCCGGGCCCGGGCUGCCUCCCAGGCCCCCAGCGGCAGAGCCUCCCUCCAGCAGCGUGCCAAGGACGGCCGAGCAGAAGGCCACCGGCAAGGCAGAAGUCCUCACCAACAAGAGCCACAGGCAGCACCUCCUCAAGCUCAUUACCAGCCAGGUGGUGCAUGUCACAACUCAUCCCAGAAGCACUUCCCAUGAGACUCGGAGAGCAAACCACACAGGAGGCGUCCCCAGAGCCGCUCUGUCCAAGGAGGGGCACUUGCCCGGGUCUGAGGCUCGAACCAUGGGGCCCCACAAGGGCACAGACGCCCCGAACACCCCCAUGAGAACGACCCAAUCUACCCUGAAGGGGCCUCGAGCUCCCUCUUCCGAUGAAGCUGGCGCUGAGAGGCAGAAAAGUGUGGAUGGAUGUGUGGGAGUGCCUCUGGGCACCCAGGAAGAGCACGGGGAGGUGGUGACCCUUCCGUCGGCCUGCAGUCCUGUCCUGGCCUCCACACUGAAAUUGCCCCCCGGGGCAAGCAGAAAUGGGUCUAAGCAUGACCCCUUGGGACUGAGUAAAAUACCUGUUCCCAAAAUGAAAGUCUGGUCUUCAGUUUCCUGCCGGAGGCGAAGCACCGAGCCCAGGAAUUUCCACCCAGAGCGAGCUUUAUCCCCGCAGAGAACCAAGCGUGUGUCCAGUUCUGGUGCGUCAAGGAAAAGCGUACCACCCAGUCUGGUUGCAGUGCUUAGCACAGUUGAAAAGGGUAAACAGAGGCAUCCUCGGACACCGUGCAGCCAGCCUCAGUCUUCUCCGGAUCCUCUCUCUACUGAAAAAGCCCUGGGAUUGUCCUCUUAUCGAGCAAAAUGUGAGCACCAAGGCAAGGUCAUCUUGCACCUCAAGCAGCUUCUCUCGGGAGGAAACUGCAAGUUGGAGGCGUUGACUGUGGUCAUCCAGCACCUGCUGUCAGAGAGGGAGGAAGCUCUGAAACAGCACCAGGCCCUGUCCCAAGAGCUGGUCAGCCUCCGGGGAGAGCUGGUCACUGCUUCUGCUGCCUGCGAGAAGCUCGAAAAGGCCCGGAAUGAGCUGCAGGCCGCGUGCCAGGCCUUCGUGGACAAACUCAACCAGCAGCACCAGGCGGAGCUGGCAGAGCUGGAGAGCCAGCUGAAGGAGCACUACACGGGAGAGUGUGAGAGGCUGCAGAGCGUGUGUGUGCAGGAGGUGCAGAAGUACCAGGCCCAGCUGCAGAGUCAGGUCGAUGACUUAAAUGCUGCCCACGAAGCCUUCAAACUAGAAAUCGAGUCCAGCCAUUCGGAGCAAGUGGAUUUGCUGAAGAAGACCUACGAGGCCUCCCUCACAGAAAUCAAGGAGUGCCAUGACCUGGAGAAGAAUUCCCUGCAGGAGCUGUUCUCGGAGAAGCAUGAGUCACUGGAGAAGGAGAUCCAUGAUCUGAAGAGUAAGAAUGAUGCUCUGAAUGAGAAGCUGAGACUGGAGGAGCAGAAAGCAGCUUCCAGAGAGAAGGCCAACCUGAAGAACCCCCAGAUCAUGUAUCUGGAGCGGGAGCUGGAGAGCCUCAAGGCCGUGCUGGAGAUCAAGAAUGAGAAGCUGCACCAGCAGGACGUCAAGCUGCUCAAGAUGGAGAAGCUGGUGGACAACAACACGGCCCUGGUGGACAAGCUCAAGAGAGUCCAACAGGAGAACGAGGAGCUGAAGGCACGAAUGGACAAGCAUAUGGCUAUCUCCAGGCAACUCUCUACGGAGCAGGCGGUGCUGCAAGAGUCCCUGGAGAAGGAGUCCAAGGUCAACAAGAGGCUGUCGAUGGAGAACGAGGAGCUGCUGUGGAAACUGCACAACGGGGACCUGUGCAGUCCCAAGAAGUCCCCCCAGUCAGCAGCGGUGCUGCCUCUCUCUUCCCCGAGGCAUUCGGCCUCCUUCCCCAGCCCCUCGCCUUCAGGCUCGCCCAGAUGACCUUUCUGGAGCCCGGGCUGGCGGCUGCCUGAGAGCUUCCUGGCGGCUGCCUGAGAGCUUCCUGGCGGCUGGGGGACUGACCUUCCCACCAGUCACGGGAGCCAGACUUGGGCCCGUGAGGGCCUCGGGAGGGCACUCAGCCGGCAGCUGACCCGGCCCACCAGAGCGUCCGGACAGACGGACAUGGCUCCCACCAGCCCUGCCACCUGCGCGGGCACGCAGGGAGGAACUUGGAUGCACAGAGCACUUGGUGCGCCAGCCACAGCUGGCUCACUGCCUUUCUCCUCCUGCCAGGGGAGAACCAGCUCAGGGCCUCUUCACCUAGAGUAGAACCUUUCUCAUGCUCCCUGUCACAGAUGCUUUUCCUCUGGGCCACCCAUGGGCUCUGGGAGUGGGCUGGGCACAGCUUUGCUGCCGCUGCCACCUUUGGCAGCUGCAGGAUGGGUGUGCACACCUGAGGGGCUGCGCCAGGGAUGGCCGCAAGGACAGCUUAGCCGUGGCCUCCUGGCUAGAGUUGAUGCAAGGGGAAGGGAGGAGAACAGACAGGCUGCUCGGGAGGAUGUGGAUCCUGGCUUAAUAAUCUUGGGGUCUGCCCUCUGGGAUGGAUGGGACCUUCAAACUGAAAGCCCAGCUGUGAGAAUGGAAGCUAGUGUGAUUUUCUGUAGUUUUCAGUGACCCCCAUCCCCCAGGUGACACAAGUCACUAGCUUCUGGUUCAUUUUCCUAGCUAAGGACAGAGGUGGAACACGUGUGUCACCUCAGGUCCCUAGGAGCAAGGUCUCUUUCUUGGGUCUCAGUCCUGGGUUGAUCCUUCCAAGGAAGGAAGAGGGUCAGGGAUCCCCCUGGAGCUCCAGCCUCCACCUCAUUUUUAACUUGCUCUGAAUAGUCACCAAUAGGUGGGAGCAACCUCUCCUCUCCUCUCCUCUCUCCUCUCCUCCCCUUUCUUUCUAUUCUCCCCACCUCUCCCUCCCUUCUCCUUUCCAAAGCCAUGACAUAAGCCUUCUACCUCCUUUUUUUCUGGGACAAGGGUAAUUAAUAUGCUCCCCCAGAACCAGCUCAUUUUCCAGGCGCAAAAGUCAUUUCCAAAAAAAAAAAUACAAAAACCCAAGGCCAUAUCUAAUAUUAUAAACUAUUGAAAAAUCCAGAACCAGCAAAUCUGGGGAAGCAGCAAGGCAAAAUCAUUGAUUAGCAAACUUUGGGAAGAAGCCAACCAUAUCCCUGUGCUCAAGGGCAUAAACUCCUGAUUUAUGCUAGGAGAUGAAGUAUUGGCUAGAAUGAGGCCAAUGGGAGCCCCAACCAGCAGCUCUGAGUCUUUCUUGGAGAAAUUCUGGGGAGAUGGCAGAGGGGCCCGUGUCAGAGCAGAAACCAUGGCUUCUAACUUUCAUGAAAGACCUUCCCUAGUCUCCUCCACCCCAGCCAACCUUGGGGACUGGAAGAGCAGGGAGGUGGCUUCCCCUUGUCUUUGAAUCUGUUGCUGUGUUGCCAAUGAGCUGUGAAUCUAGGAACCCUCCAGGCAGCUGCCAUGCUGACUUUGGACACCAAGGGGCGAGUUGAAGUUCAGGAGGCAUGUUGAUUUGUAACAAUUCCUUCUUUUGUCUCGUGUUUAAUCUCCAAUGGUCUGUUGUAUGUGUAAUCUUUCCAUUUGUAGGGAUGGUAGAAAGCCACUUCCCUUCAGGCUCCAGGUAGGAGUGAGGGCUGCUGGAAUCUCUGCAUCCCCUUGGAGCUGUCCUUGGUCUGGCCAGCCCUCAGGGGUCAGACAUUCCAGGGCAUGGAAAGCUGCUGCAGGACUUAGGGGUCUGGGGACAAAUGUGCUGCUCCGGUCUAAAAGCAGCAGAGGAGAAGGAGGAAAAAAGCUCUUUGAAGAAGCUCUGCCAGGUCCACACUAUAGGAUGGUGCUGAGAAGAGGCAAGUGGGCUAGCUGGGCUGAGACUCAGCCAGUGCUGAGCUUCCCCAACUAUUCCCGGUCUUACUGCCCUUCCAAUAGUCAUGUCUCCCCCCCCUGUCAGAUCCUGUCACCUAGGAGUUCAAGGCUCAGAACCCCACCCCCACCCCACCCCAGGCCUUCUGAAUGCAGCCCUGAAAGGAGGGUCCUAGGACUCAAACUGGCCCUUCACAGCUGGUUGGUCCUUGGAGCUUCUGAUUGCUCUGGACUGGGGGGCUGGGGCUCGGGGAAGGAACUGAUGUAUUUUGACUUGUGUGUGUUAAAAUAAUAAAUAAAAA